AUGCUAAAUAAUGGUCAGCUGGGAAUGGUAAAACUAAGAAAUUCUUCAAUUGAUAGAUUAAUGUUAAUCCAUGGGACAGAUUACAAUACUGAGACAAAUGCUGAAAUUUUAAAACAUCCUCAUAGCAUUCGUAAAGCCCACUCUUCUUUGCACCUAUCAUAUGCUUGACGAAUUUUAGCCUUUUUUAUUAUCUCAGCUUCAUAUUAUUUUUUAGUCUACUUCUACAUCUACAAAGACUGCGAAGAAAUGAUGAUAAAUCGGCCUUCGCUAUUAAAUAACUUCAAUCUUAGAAGAGUUUUAAUAUCAAGAUUAAGUAUUUUUUCAAGAGAAGCUUAUUUACCAUAUAUGAAUACUUUAUUUAAAACUUCAUAUGCCUUUCCAAAUCCUCAAAAAAUGGUAGAAAAUACUUAUACUGAAUUUAUGAUAAAAACGAAAGAAUUAAGAAAUAAAAAUUUUUGUAAUUUGAUGUCCCAAGAGUUAAUAGACAGGAUUUAUGAAACAACAGAAUCAGAUACAAAUGCUUUAGAUCAAGGAAGUUAUCCUUUAGCUAAUGAUGUUGUUGAUGAAAUUUACAGUCUUAAAAAUACAAAGUUUACAACUAAAGAGCAUUCACGAUAUAAUAGUAAAAUUACAGAAGCCCAAGAUGAAAUUUUACAAGAGUUUUUACUUGCUGAUCAUGAUUCUAAAAAUAUUAUAAAAGACAAAUUGAAUAUUAUCAUCAAUGCCACAGUUUUUUAUACAAUGGCUGUCUUAUUUUUGUUUUUCUUUUAUUAUUGACCCUUUUUUAUAGCCCAAGCAGCAAAACUUAACAAACUUUCAAUGCUUCAAAGUAUCUUGUUGACGGAAGCUGAGUAG